UGUCGCAAUCAAGUAAUCAACAGUAAUGGAAGGCGUAAUAAAAAUUUCUAUUUUUUUGCUAAUUUCCGUCCUCCUUUUUUGCAUUGGAGUACAAGCAAAGGCAAUUGAAGGUGAAUCUGAGCUUUUAUUUUCAGUAACGAUCGAUCGUAUUUGCGAUUUUAGGACAUAUAGCCUAUGUAAGAUUACUAGGAUAUAAUCUUAAACGUUCUGGCCAGUGUAGGUAUGCAAAUACUAAGAAAGCUUUGGUUUGAUAGGGAUGCAGCUACCUAGUGAAAAAUACAAGGAGAACUUCGACGUUUCGAGCGAAGGCGCUUUGUCGGGAGUUAGUAGCAGUCGGGAAGUUAUGUAGGAUAGUCUGCUUGUAAUUAAUUAAACAGUGUCUUUAUAAUUAAAAUGUUAUUUUACAAUUUUUAUAUCAGUGAUUACUAAUUAGUUAAUGAAUUGUAUUAGCCAUAUACAUAUUUAGUUAAUGUUGUAAUCUUGUUAAGUGCAGGGGUCUUUGAAUGUUUUAUUAAUUGUAGCAAAUUUUGUCAAACAGCUGGUUUUUGAAGAACGAAAGCGUCUCUUUUUAUGCGACACUGUCCGUCCCUCUUGCUGUCUGGUAACGUUUAGUUUUCAACAAAAUAGACUGAUCAUGCAUGAGUUUAGAGAAAGUCUAGCCAAGUCCAACAAUUUGGUCUUGAACAGUCUGUCUAGUCCGUGGCCCUUUAGCACAAAGUUACGGCGCUACUGCAUGCUAUCAAAAAGAAACAUUUAUAUUAAAGGGAAGGUCAAUUGCUUGAAAGUAAGCAGCUAUCGCAAACCGAGAAACAAGCCCUUAUUAAUUUAUUUUUAGAUGUGAACCUUUUGAGAAGUCUUUUGGAUCGGGAUCUAAAUGAAAACAAUCAAAGUAAGUUGCAAGCAUCGAGGAUUUCCAACACGAUUUCUUGAACGUAUCUUUGCCGGUUUUGUGAAACUCUGUCACAAGCAUAAGCUCCGGAUAAGGUCCGUAAGACUUUCCUCUCCAACCCACAGAAAAGCAAUGCUUCGUUUGUUUUCAGAUGAUGAGAGAAAAGGAUUCUACGACUGGGUAACUGACGAACAAACCAUUGAAGACGAAGGUAAGCUAAAUAGUUUGCUCACUAGAUUAGGGUUGUAUUGGAUUUGUGAUUGUCUCGUUCUUUAAUUAGAUAUCACUUUUACUUAUCCAAAUUAGCAUUAAUUCAUGACUUGGACUAACCCGGGAGAAAAUUAUGCUCAGGUCGGGAAGCCCAGGUCAACUACGGGCUCCUCAGCAGGGAUGAUAAUGUGGCGAGGUUGAAGUAUUUCAACAAAUUUUGCAUCUUCUUGGCAUAUAGCACACCCUCCCCGUUGCCACUUUGAAUGGGCAGGACCAGGGAAUCUUCGUCAGUUUAAGCCAGGGGCCUUGAAGCACAACUUAUGCCACUGAAAGUACGGCUGGUUUAUUGUGUCAUUUUAGACUAUGAUGAUGAUUAUAUUGGUGAUAAUAAUCAAUAUAAUGAUCCCAUAGACGAUGGUGGAGCAUCUUUAAGUGAUGGUCUGCCUGAAAAUGAGAUCAACAACAACGAUGAAAGCCCAGGUCAGUAAGCAAACACAAAAAUAAAAAAUACUUUCAACAAACUUUGAUUAAAUAGGUCUAAAUACAUAGGAUUGCAUCAUUUAGAUGAUUACAACGACGAUGAUACCGAUAAUUAUGAUUAUGAUGAUUAUAAUGACGAUGAAAAUGAUGAUAAAGGUGAUGAUGAUGAUACCAAUGAUGGAGAUUUAAGCGAUGAUUUGCCGGAAAAUGAGAUCGUUUAUACAAACGAUGAGGGUAAGCAACUAAGAAAAUGUAAAUUAGUUUUAACACAAUUUUCCGUGUUCAAUAUUCAACAUGUAAUUUAUCAUAAUUGCUGCAUUUAGACGACAAUGAAGAAGUCGAUGAUGAUGGUGAUGAAGUUAUGGAUGCAGGCAAGAAUGAAAAUCUGCAUGGUAAAUAGAAAACAUUACGAUUUUAAAUACAUGACUUUCAACCCUAUGGAUUUGAGUUGUUGGAAGGCUAGGGGGAGGCUAAACAAGUUACGUGACCGAGUUGUGGUAUUUACAUAAACAUACCAUGCAAGUACAUAACUGAAGAUUCAGUCUAUCUGCAGUUUAAUGUAACGCUCUAAAGUUCUGUUUCAAAAAUCGCAAGAAAUGCAGAUUUUCUGGUUGGAAAAUGCCCCCAUGCAACCCCCUACUAUUACAUACGUCAACCAUUUGUCAUUUCUUCACAUUCAGUAUAGUAUGGUCCCUUUCUGUAAAACGGCCAUGGAUGACUUGACAGGUCUCGGCAACUAUCACAGUGAAAAAAUAAUGUUAAUUAUUGUCAUUGUAUGCAGUAGUCGUGAGAUUUGGUGGAUAUUAAAUAAAAUUGAAAGAUGCGUUUCAUGCUCUCACUUCCAUAAUGUCGACGAUUUUAGCUAAAAUUGACCACAACCUGCUGCCCCAAAACGUGUUACCAAAAACAACCUAUGUAUAUCCAAUUUGAAAAUAAUAAUAAUAAUAAUUAAUAAGCUUUAAUCGAACUAAUAUUUACAAAACUAUACGUCAAAUUAAAAUAGUAGACAUUACAAGCAGCAAAAGGCAAGGUAGAUAAGGGAUUGGCAAACAGACACGAAGUCCCAACAAGGCAAACCCCACACUUUAACGACAACUAAUUUUACACUAUGACAACAGGAAAUACACAAAGUUUCUAAGUAAGUAAGCUUCCUGCAUGUUUAUAAUGUAAAGUACGUGUAGUAAGGACUAAAGUCAGGUGUAAAUUGGCAGGAGUCACUUUUGACUUCCAUUAAUUACCACUAUCACUACCUCGCGCUGACCUGGUUUGCAUGUAAGUGGAUAGUAGACUUCAGGGACGCUGGAACGAUGUGAAGGCAAGGGGGGCAGAUUUUCGUGAAAGGGCACUUUUGAAGUGAUAUCUUACUAAGAGAUGCUUGCAAAACAUCGAGAGUUGAACUUUGCCUAAUCAUGUUUUCUAGUUAUUGGAUGAUAGGGGUGUGAGGGGGUUCUCCGCCAGGCGAUUGUGCUAUUCUUGAAGCUCGGAAGAUUGCAUUUCUUGCGUUUUCUGAAGCAAAUUCGUAAAAGAAUCGCACUAACAUUUCCGACAAUUCUCUAUUUCGCCAAGGCAAUUCUUUAUAUUGAAAGGGCACCUUUGCCCCCCUUGCCCCUCCUGGCGAAGGGCAACGGGGGCGGCUGCCCCUCCUGCCCCCCAGUUCCGGCGUCCCUGAUAGUAGUGUUCCAACUAGUGGUGCUGGUGGUGGUGGGGGUCAAAUCUGAACCUCGCAAAUAAUUUCAGAGUAGUGUAGUUUUUAUUCUUGCAUGUUUUAUAUCGUGUAAAGGCUUGUAAAAUCAGUAUUACGUUGUCCAGUUUGUAGUCCGUAAUAUGUUGUGUUUUAGUGUUAGAUGGAUGGACUUAGUAUGGGAUUCUAGUUCUGACUGUUGUCCAAUCCUUCAAUCAUAGCUGUAUGUAUAUUUUUUAACAUUGCACUGAUCACGAAUGACUUUUAUAGAUGACGACAACAGUCAAAGUAUUGAAAAGGAGUUCCUCGAAGGCAAAAGACCUUUCAAUUUCGACGAAAGUAAGUAUUUGUAGUUAUUAUAAUAGUAAUGCUGGUACAAAUUUGUUUGCUAAAAGUUAUGCGUGGUUUGUUAUACACAUACAUGCGUAGAGUAGGUUGUUGCAAGUUUGGAGAAACUGCAUGAAUUAUUGUAGGUUGAUUUGUGUCUGAAAAGUAUUUUCUACAAUGUGUGUUUGCCUUUGUCGUUCCCAGAUCCUGAUAUGUCAGCAUCCGAUGCUAUUUACCAAAUCAAUUUAGGUAAGCUGCAAAUUACUGCAAAACAUCAUAAAUUGCCAAAAUGGCAUUAGUUGAUUGUUUUCUCUUCACCUUACCUUACAUUACCUUACCUUACCUUUAGAAAAUGGUCUAACCAAUAGUAAAGACACAUAUGAAACAGAUGUUAAAGUGGACCCUUCUCGAGUAGAGGAAAUUGCUCAGUGGGAUCAUGAGAAUGGAAUUAUCAAACGUGCUGCGAAAAUCACCAACAACCGAGAGUAUAGAUGGCCCAAUAGAAUUUUAAAGUAUAAGUUUGAAACGCGUGGUACUAGUAAGUUACUAACAAAUGUUAUAUUCCUAGUUUAUUUACUGGGCCAUUCCAUUUAAUAUGUGCACCCCCCCAUUGAGGGGUCUGGAAAUCCUAUGGGGAGGGAGGGGUUAAUAUUGGUAAUUUCCGAGGGGGUAAAUCAGUCGGUCCCUUUGAUCUUCGAACAACAUAGGCCAAUUUCCAAGGGGGGGAAUGUGUCGGCACUUUGAUGUUCAAUUUCCUAAGGGGGUAAAACUUUUAAGGAUCCCUCAAUAGGGGGGGUGCACAUAUUAAAUGGAAUGGCCCACUGUACAAAGGCGACAAGAAAAUCACAUCUGGAUAUAUAGUGCACAUGAAUAUGCUUGCUAAGCUCAAUAAAUAAUCAUGCAUAGUAUUGAAGUUGUCAACCAUGCAGUAGUUAUCAGAGUGAGAAAAUAAUGUUAAUGCAGCAAGCUUGUAUUUGGUGUCAAAGUAAAAGGAACAGAUGUAAUUUAAUUAAAGAAAGAGAUAUAAUUAAAUUUGCUUGCUUCUAUAAGUGAUAACAUGCCUGAAGUCUCUAGAAUCUCCUAAGAAGAUUUCCUGCAUUUUAAGUGAUGUUUCUUAGUUUCUAUCAUAUUAAAAAAACCUGAACACAAUACAAUCACUACAGGACUCAUUAUAAGGAAAUAUAGCAUUAUCGGUGUGACAGUUAAAAAUAAAUUGGAACAGUAGCGGCUGUGUUUUUAAUUGUAAUUAAAUCUUAUUAGAUUAGUAAAUUUCAAAGACUAUUUCAGCCUUGUUAAAAAUUUUAAGGGGGCUGUAAGGAAAUUUUAACAAGAAGACUCAGUCCCCCUGAGUCCAGCACCCCCCCCCCACCCUCCUACUACACCACUGAAAUACGAAUAUUUCAACAUAUAUCCAUGAUCUAUAAAUCCACUGUGUUAAGUGGGGUUGUUCUUGAUUGAAUCUCUCUUUCGUUAUAAAAUAUAAAUCAUGUCAAUAACAUUUCUCUUGUAGAUAGUUAUACACACACUCGGACAGAAUUCAUGAAAGCCAAAGCCGAAUUCGAGUCAAAAACUUGUAUUAAAUUGGCAGAAGCCGGGAGCAACGAUUAUCAUGUCAGGCUCAUCAUAGAUAGAGGGUAGGCUAUAAACAAAACAAACAAUUAUAAUUUAUGUUCUAUGUAAAAACUGAAUACACGCUUGGCCAUAGAACUUUGUUUUCGUGAUUAACACGUGAUUGACACUCUUUACCUGAUGUCACGUGCGUGAAUAAUGGACAACUUGCAUGUUAGACUAAAUUUUAAUCUAAGUAAAGAGAAGGGAAUCAAACACAGCAGUUAAAAAGAACAUACUGAAAUAAGUAAAAUUGCAAAAUUGGGUUGCGAAAUGUUGUAAAAUACAGAAAAUAUAGCCUUGCGAAGUUUGCGUAUUUUCAGUAUAUUUGUAUUACGUGCGGAAAUUGUUACCAUUUUCGGCUCAAAAAUGGUAACAAUUUCCGCACGUAAUAUAAAUAUACUGAAAAUAUGCAAACUUCGCAAGGCUAUAUAUUUUCUGUAUUUUACAACAUUUCGCAACCAAAUUUUGUAAUUUUUACUAGUUUUAAUAAGUUCUUUACGGAAUUUACUUUCAUUUUUGCCUAAAUCAAAAUUAGUCUAACAUGCAAGUUGUCUAUUAUGAGGCUCUAUAGCCGAAAUCACGUGCUUCCAGAAGGGUGCAUUAUGGUAUCAAUGGCUGAAUUUUGAUUUGCAGUUGUUACUCCUACGUUGGAUAUAUAAGAGGUGCGGGCAGCCAGUUCAGCCAAAGUCAAGAUGUUUCCAUCGGUAAUGGUUGUAACUAUAAAGGAAUUAUUGUCCAUGAGCUGCUCCAUGCUUUGGGAUUUUGGCACGAGCAAAGUAGACCUGACCGUGAUGAGUAUAUUACUCUGGUGUGGCAAAAUAUCCAAGGAGGUGAGUCAUGAUCAUGAUCAUGAUCGAUCAUCAUUAUGAUCAUCAUGAUCACCGUGAUGAUGAUGAUGAUUAUGGCAAAUUAUUCAGUGUAAUAUAGUUUAUUUUAUCCGAUGUAGGUUGGGUUUUUCGCCAUUUUCGUCUUAUUUUAUCGACGGAUACAGAAUCUAUAUGUUCUCUCAUUUAUUCUGUUUUACUGAUAAUUUGUCGUUUUGUCUUUCCAAAUUUUGAAAUUUUUUAUGCUCUCUUUCUACUUCGGAUAAAAAGGACUAUAUAUACUAUAAUCUUGUUUGAUAUUUAAUUAAUUAAAUUAUAAGUUGUGAAGUUUUGUAUACAUUUGUUUUGUAACAGGUCACUAACGUAAUUGGCUCCCGAUGUGUUAGUGUUCCUGAACCGUCUUCCUGUUUUUAUACGUUUAUAUUUCUGUUGACGGCUGAAGUUAAUAAAUAAUAAAUAAAUAAAUCAUCACAAUCAUCAUUAUCAACAUGGUUAUUAUCAUUAUCAUCAUCACUAUUAUCAUCAUCACUAUUAUCAUCAUCACUAUUAUCAUCAUCACUAUUAUCAUCAUCACUAUUAUCAUCAUCACUAUUAUCAUCAUCACUAUUAUCAUCAUCAUUGUUACCAUCAUCUUCACCAUGAUGUACUUUAAUCGUCUUACUUGUAGACCAAGUUUUACUUGAAAUUUUUCCAGGUACGAGAAAUAAUAACUUCGAGAAACAUAGUGAACGUGACACGAAAGAUUUAGGUGUUCCGUACGAUUACGAAAGUGUGAUGCAUUAUGGGGAGUACGACUUCGCAAUAGACAGAAGUAGGUGAACAUGAUUAUCAAAUCUAUAGCUCCCUAUACUGUAUCUAUAGUAAGAAUCCACAUUAAGGUUACAGCAUAUGAUUACAGGACACCCUUUUUGGCGUUUCUCGGAAAACCACUACUGCGCGCUUAAUAUCAGUCCGAUUUUCAUCAAAUUUUCACCGAAUGUUUGCCAGUGCAUGCAAAAUACGAUAAAGUUACUGAAAUUGACAAACAAUAAAAUAAUGUAAGAAUUAUUGAAGAAAAUCUUAAAUUGCGGUACCUUUACGCUUUUGAGUUGUUUUCCUACUGCAUGGUUUUAAGAUAUAUUUAUGAAAAUAUCGUUUUUAUACAGUAAAUGUAAUAGUUGUUCUAAUUAAAAUAUUGUGUUCGGAAAUUUUUGUUUAUUUCGUGAUUCCGCUGAUAUGGCGAUUUCUUUGAUGAAGCUUCGGAUACACGAGCAAUAUUUUUGCUGCGAUGGUUACUCAAUGGGUCGCACAAGGUGGCUACACCUGCAAUAUUUCACCUGCAAUAUAUGUCUUCAUAAAGCUUUUCAUUGGCUGGUCAAGAAACGUGUCAUUCAUCAACCUUGACCUUCCUUGACCACACCUCCCAAUUUUCGGCAAUCAUUGCCGAAAAUCAACUGAUGAUUUGAAAUUUUGGCAACGAUUGCGCGCAGCUUUGCGUUGCCGUCGCAGAGCAUGAUACACAAGCAAUUUCUUUCUCGCGACGGCAAUGCAACGAUUUUACCACCAUUGCAUUGCCAUCGCCAGAAAAGUAUUGUCCGUGUUACUAUCCGUAGCUGGCGCAAUAUAUUUCUGAAUCGUUUGAGUGAAUUGGUCCUUAUAUAUUAUUAAAAUAUCUAAAAUAAGAAAAAAGCCAAAAAGUGUUUUGAAACUGACGUCUUUAGCUAUCUCCUGUGAAAAUUUACGAAAAAUUUGUUAAAACCCGCAGGAGAACAGCUCGUUUGAAAAUCAGUAAUUGCCGGAAAAUUCUUCCGGAGAAAAUUAAUUGAAUGUUUUUCUUAUUGCAGCGAAAUGUAUUUUAUUAAAUAAUUUUCAACAUUUUUCCUUCAAACUUGGUCAGAUAGUAGAACUAGUCUAAUGCUUUCAUGAAAAACUAAUAACAAGUUUUCAGUUCAGUUCAGUUCAAUUGAGUUCAUAAGCUAUAAUUAGUAUUUACCCUGCGCGCUGUAAAUCUUCCAGGUAUGAAAACUAUAGUGCGGAAAAGUGGUAGCGGUCCACUUGGUCAAAGAAAUGGAUUAUCGCCAAAAGAUGCUCAAGAACUCAACAACUUUUACGAAUGCAAUGGUGCUGGUGAGGAGAAUACAUUUAUAGUUCAAUUAGUUUUAUAAUUUGGUUGGCAUCAUUCGAUGUCAAAUAGCAAUAUUUGCCGAUUAUUUGGUCGACUUCUCAAUCUGCUGACAAUCGGCAGAAUGCAAAGAUAAUGUUAAUUCAUUUCAUUACACUCAGUAGCCAUCACGUUGGAAGCAACUAAGGGCCUGUUCAUAUGGGCAAAAGUUAUCCCGGUUAACGAGAAAACUUUUUGACAAGUUCACAAGCGAGAUCUCGCCUUCGUAUGACAAUAAUAUGAAAAGUUACACUGCGUUCAUAUGAGACGAACGUUUUCCCGUGACAUGUACCGAGAUCUCGCUUGUUGACAGGCGACAUCUCGGUGACCGGGAUAAUGUUUUUCCCAUAUGAACACAACUUUCCCGCUUAGCGGGAUAACUUUUUGUCGUGUCAGCAACUUUUCAAUUCAAUUGAUGUUCAGUGUUACGUCACAGCCGAAAACGUUUCCCGGUAAGCGGGAUAAUGUUUCUCCAUAUAUGAACAGAACUAAAGUAUUUCGCUAGUCGAAAAGUUUUCUCGUUAACCGGGAUAACUUCUGCCCAUAUGAAAAGGCCCUAAAUAGAACGGAGAGAUGCGCUUUAAUUUUCUUGCGUCUCCUUCAAGUAGUUGACUACAAUCUUCCCCCGCGGAUCGCUUACUAAAAUCCACCAAUAGCAUACAGUAGCUGUGGUACGUCAUGGAUUGUAAAAUAAGGUUAUUUUACAAUCCAUGGGUAUGUAAUGGCCAAUAAGUAUAUUUUUGUAAUUGUACUUUGUUUUUAUUCCACUUCAGCGACACCAGCACCACCUACAACACGUCCAACAACACGCCCCAGUCCGACAACACGUCCAACAACACGCCCCAGUCCGACAACACGUCCGACAAUUACCCCUCCUCGUCGAGUGUUUGGAUCUGGUAAGCGACAUUAUGCAUUGUUUAGUUUUAGUAUUGUUUAGUUUUAGUUAGAGUUAACCACAUGUUUGCCACUCUGAGGUGGACAAAAGGAUUAACAGUUCUACAACCCAACUGACAAGGUUGUUGAGCCCAACAGACUUGUUACAAGUUGUUCAACAACUUGUUAUCGUCCUGCAAUUCGACAAUUUUUCAACAAGUUGUGAGUGACAACCUUGUAUAGCAACUUGAUAAAAUAACAGCAUUGUUACAACUUGUUAACAAGCUUGCUACAAGCCUGUUGCGAACACAUCUUGUUGACAAGUUGUGAGAUUUUUACGUGUGUACCCGUCGCGAUUUUGUUCCCUCUUCUUUUUAGAAAUCUAAAGCAUCGGAGAAUCUUCUCCUCUUAGCUUGCUUGUCAGACAUCCUUGGCUGCUCGCUCCUGCAUGUAUCAACACAAUACAUAGAGGAUAUUACACGGCGGCGCAAAGAUAUGACUUUUAUCUUCGCCGAGUGGUGAAAACAAUAUUUUACGAACGAGCGCAGCGAGUGAGAAAAAUACUGUUUUUAACACGAGAAGAUAAAAGUCAUAUGUUUAAGCCACCGUGUAAUGUUCUGUUUAUAAUAUAGUCCCAAGCAAAAAAUUGUGAAAUUUCACGCUCAAAAGUCAAAAGCAAAUUGUCAAAUUGUCACGUGAUCGAUAUCUUCACUAGUGAAGAUAUGGAAAAUAUGUCAUUGUUUAUUUUCCAGUAUCUCACUCUCUACUAUAUAAUAAAAAUUAAUAUUCUUUCUCCUUUUUAGCGGUCCGCGUGUUUAUCAAAAGUGUAGGUUGUAGAGAUCCUGGUGUAACAGAUUGCUCGCAAGCAGGCUCAGUUAUCAAAGUAGACAAUGUUGAAAUCCCUACUAAGUACAUUGGUGCUACUGUAGUUGUCCUGGAUGGAAAAUCAGGUAAACGCCCAUGGUCCAAGGUGUUAAAUGAAAUUUUGAACCAAAUCAAACCUAAUUAUCCGACAUAAUUAGCUGACAUUAUCAAACGUGACAUUCAAACAAAUUUUACAAUGUUGAAUUGAACAAUAGGGCCAUUUAUACGGGACAAAAUAAGUCGUGACUUACAUAAGACGCGACUUAAAUAAGUGGAGUUAUCGUAUAAAUGGUUUUCUACGGCUUUGGUCUUAUUUAUUUGCUAUAGCUAUAAUGUUUUUUUGGUUGUUUUUGUUUUAAUAUGCAAGGCAUUAAAUUUUACGUUGUUUCAAGUUUCUGGCAUGUGUAAUUAGACUUUUUGUCCAAAAUUUCUUAUUUUAAGAUGCGACUUAAAUAAGAACAGCUAAAAGACCUGUUCUUAUGUAAGACGCGUCUUACCUAAGUCGCGUCUUAUGUAAGUCGCGUCUUAUUUUGUUCCGUAUAAAUGGCCCUAAUGUAGAUGAAGUUGGAUGGCUUGAACUGGCCGUAAAGCUGUAGAAAACCCAAGAGGGUGCUACCCAAAUUAUAUCCUACUUCUUGGGCCCUACCACAUGUACCCAAGGGAGCUUGUCUGACCUUCUCCCGGCCUCACGCUUGGUUUUUGCUCUUCAGGCCAAAGGCUAAUUUCCCAAAAGCCUUCCGUAGUUUCCUUAGUCAUGCGCACCCUGCUUCACUCGAAUUGAAUGUCGCACUUCAUGCCAUGACAAGCUAAAUCUCUCUCCCCUUACUCAACGAAGUUCGAUCCAACCCAGGAUAAUAUGUGGCCUGUUCAAUUUUCAGGCAAAGUUGAAGACAGACGAACAGAAGGAUUGGAAAACAUAGGGAGAUAUUUGUUAAGAUUGAAACGAGGGUAAGUCUCAAACUCUGUUCGGCAGAAGUGAAGAAGCGCAAAUUUGGGGAUUUCAGAAGGCCAUACAGGGCUGUAGAUGGUGAUCAAAUUAAAGCCCUGGGCAAACUAGGAAACAUUGUUGUGGAAACAUUUGUGAUUCUCGAUGUUUCAGUCAAAUGUUUCCCUGUUUGCUCACCCGUGGAAACAUUGUUGCGGAAACAAAAUUUAAUUUGCUUCCCGAGGCCGAGAAGCAAAAAGGUUUCCUAUCGAAUUCAGUCAUUCAGAAACAUUUGAUGUUUCCCUACGUUUCUCACUAAUGUUUCUCACUGAUGUUUCCUAGUGUUUGACCACUCUGGGAAACAUUGCGAAACAUUAAUAGGAAACAAUGUCUCCACAACAAUGUUUCCUAGUUUGCCCAUGCAGGGCUUAAAGAACGCAAGCAAGAAAAUUGGACUCAACAUCUUAAUUCUAUUUAUUUUUCUUCAAACACAAGGCUACGACAUAUAUUGAAAAUGAUUAACAAAAUUUUCUAACUAGUUUUGAUAACUACCAAUUGAUGACCAACUGCUGCAUGACAGUGCUGCUGAGCUUAAUAAAAGAUUAACAGUUGUUCCUUCCUGUAGAAAACUUGUUCUUAUGGCAGUGAAAGGAAGAUGGCGAAAUAUAGAUCGCAACUUCAUGCGUGGUCUUAGGAAAAUUGGAGGUAACUACCGAAGAGUAUUCUACUGGGAAUCGUCAUACGCUAUCAUUGGCUGGACUGGUCCGGGAAAAGUUAGCGUUGCUCAAGAGGUAAUAUUGUAAUUCUUAAAGUGGCACUCACGUCAAAAUUUUUUAUAGUAAUUAUGUAUAGUAACUUGUGUUGAAAAUUUUUGUUUCCAUGCUUAGUUUUUGAGAUAUUUCAUUUUGUUUGUAACUAUGUGACGUCAUUUACUCAAUUACAUAUAUAAUGAGAUAUCAGUAAUUACAUAUGCAUACAUCAUCGUCAAAAACCGCACAUAUAAGCACCCACGUUUCGGCAAAAACACAUAUAAGCAGCCCUAUUUUCGAAACUUGUCAUACUGCCUGAUGAUUCUUUACUGAUGAAACAGACUGUUGCGGAAUUUUGAGGUAAGCGAAAUUCUAUAUUUGCUCUAUCUUUAUGGUAUUGAGCACUCUUUGCGUUUCGUAUACACAAACCUACUCGUACAUACAUACAUACAUAAUUAAUGUAUGUAUGUAUGUAUCAGUAAUUGUUGUGUAUCUUUGCUAUUUUUUAUCAAAAUCUUUCCAAAAAUGCGGCGCGUUUGUUUAUUUAACAUACAUCGCAUACUGUUUUUGUAAAUAUUCAUUAUAUAUGUAAUUGAGUAAAUGACGUCACAUGGUUACAAACAAAAUGAAAUAUUUGAUUAUAUCUCAAGAACUAAGCAUGGGAACGAAAAUCUUCAAAACAAGUUACUAUACAGUUUUAAGAGCACUUUCGUUUAAGAAAAUAAAAAUUUUGACGCGAGUGCCACUUUAACAAUGUUGUGUGUAAUCAUUACUAUCGCAAUCAUCAUCGAUCACGAUUGUCAUUAUAUACCAGCGUCGUCAUAUUCAUCAACAUCAUGAUUAUGAGGAUGAUAUCAAUAUUGCCAUCGACUUCAGUUUAUACAACAACUACAUGCACAACAGCACAGCUGCAUCUACUAAUACAAUGUUUCUUACUCACUAGGUCUAUACCAACCGAGGCAAAGGACCGAGUGUCAUCUCCAAGUAUAUUUCGUUCCCAUUGAUAUAAGAGAAACUGGGAAGUGUAAUAACAACUGAUAUUAAUACCACAUAAAACACUUCUACUCGUGUUUUAAAUAGUACAUAUAAUCUCACCAUAAUAUAAUAUCAUCGUAAUUAUUGCACAAGUGAAUUAUGACAAUAUCCUCGUAGUGUAGUUUAAUACUGUUUUAGGAGUACUUCAUUAAAGCAUUAAAUCAUUAAUUAAAGCAUUAAAGGAAGUAUAAUAAAGUAAACUUUGUAAAAGAAGCUUCUUUGAUACAUCAGUAAUUCCAAGCACAUUAGUGGUGGACAAAUAGAUAUCCAGGGAGUAGGGUGAGGUGAAUUUCCUUGCAAGAAUUUUUUAAGUUCGGAGCUUUUUGUCGACCUUUACGGUGUAGAAGCUGUGCAGUAAUUGUUUUCUAUAUUUUCCCCACUCUUAUGCAGUUUUUUUUGGGGGGUGGGGUCGGGGAUCUGCCCGCCCUCCUCCCAAUUAAGAUAUCUAACGUCCACACCGUACCUUAUUGUAACAAGUUGUUGAUUAAUUAAAAAUAAAUCGACGAAUAUGUG